UCUGGAUAGUUUCACUACGGUGGCGAUUAGGACAAGCGGCAGAAAAAUUCGGCAAAAACGUGUAAAAUAACAAAAAAUUGUUAGAAAAUUUAUAGAAAAAAACAAAAUAUCAGUUAAUUUAUAAUAAAUAAACAAUAUUUAAUAAAAUAAUAGUGAAUUUAUAAUAAAAUACAUACAAAAUGGUGGACGCCGCACGACAAAUGUUAGACGAAUUGAUGGGUAGAAACAGAAAUUUACAUCCAUCGGAAGCUCCCAAAUCGGUGAACUGGGAAGAUCCUGAUUUGUGUCAAUAUCAUUUAGUGAAAUUUUGUCCGCAUGAAUUAUUUGUUAAUACUCGAGCUGAUUUAGGACCUUGUGGUCGUAUACACGACGAUGAAGCCAAACAAAAGUAUGCAGAGGCCAGACCGUCAUCGCGCAAAAGGCAAUAUGAAGAUGAAUUUUUAUAUUUUUGUAAUUCUAUGUUAAAUGAUGUUGAUCGUAAAAUACAGAAGGGCAGACAACGUUUGGCCUUAAUGCAAAGGGACCAGCCAGCCCAGUCGCAUGUGUCCAAGUACCGUGAACAAUUAAACAAUUUAAAUGCCCGUAUUAAAAAGUUGGUAGCAGAGGCCGAAGAAGCUGGUACACGCGGUGAUGUGGAUCAGGCCCAAGAUCUUAUGGUACUCUGUGAACAACUAAAAGAGGAAAGAGAUAAUAUGGUGACACAAUAUGAAAAUAUGUCAAAUAAUAAAGAUGAGAAACCUUCGUCGGUUGAAACAACAAAGCCGGUCGGCAUUGUUGAAGGUUCUCCAUCGUCACAGAACAAUACAGAAGAAGGUGGUAAAUCACCGCGCAGUGAUGAUGACACAGCGUCCAGUCUGGCGGGAGACAAGAAAUUGAAUGCUUGGAUGCAAGAUAUGGGUCAUAUGCCGGAAAAACAAAUGGAGGUAUGCGAAGUUUGUGGUGCUUUUCUCAUUGUAGGAGAUGCCCAACAGCGUAUUGAGGACCAUUUGAUGGGUAAACAACAUUUGGGUUAUUCCAAGUUACGCAAAGCCGUCGAGGAGAUUCACGAGCAACGUCAAAAGGAACGUGAAGUAGAUGAUCGUUCAAGAAGACGUGAUGAACGAUCGUCAUCACAUCGCAGUUUUGAUAUGGAGCGAAGGCGUGAACGCGAACGUGAAUAUCGUGGACGUUCCCGUGAACAUAGUAGCAGUCAUCACCAUCCCGGUGAAAGACACCGCCACCAUCAUAAAUCUCAUCAUCGCCGCCGUUCUCAUUCACGUAGUCGCAGUCAUCGUAGCAGUCGUGAUCGUUAUAGUCGCAGCCGUAGCCGCAGUCGUUAUUAAAGCAUAGAGGAACACUUGCUGAUCCCCCCUUCCUCCCUUCAUAUUAUGAACAUAUACAUAUAGAACCAACUAGAGGUACACUUCCCUUAUCUUUAUUAAAAAAAACAAAACCUAAAUGAUUUGAAAAAAAUCAUAAAAAACAAUUUUAACAAUACAAUUUAAAAAAAUUAAACCACAGAAAAAGUCAUAACGAUCUUACUACAUAAAACAAGUGAAAAAGCUUUGGAUCUUUAAAGUAAACAAGCAGUUGGCCUAAACAAUUUAAAAUUAAAACACAAAUACACUACUUUUAUACAAAGUAUAAAAGUUGCAUUGUUACCAGCUGAUAAUUCUAAGCACAAGGGGACACUUUAAGCCUUUGACGUCCUUUAUCACAACAGGUACUCUCCUCUAAUUAAAAAUUUAAUUUAAAACAUUAAUAAAAUUUGUUAGUUUAUAUAAAACUGCUGCUACUAAAUUCUAAACUUAUUUUAAAGUACACCUCAGGGCCAAGUUUAAGAAAAAAAGUUACUGAAAAUAUGGCUAUAAAUUUUGGUUGGUUUCCAGUAGAUAACGCUCACUCAUAAACCAGGUACUUUAUUUAACAUGUGUUUUUUUUCUCUUGCAAUUAAAUUUUAUAUUUAAAGGUCUACAUACCUCAAAUCCCCAAAUUUUUUUUUAUCCUCAAAACAAAACAAACUAGCCUAACACUGUCCAAUGAUCACGUUAUUGACCACACAAAAAGAAAACGAAACUCCAGGUAUUUUUAGUCAUAAUAAUGAUAUGAAAUCAUAAGAAAUCUCUAGUUAUAGAUUUUUAUCUGUAUAUGAUGUAUUAUGUAUGUAUGAAAAAAACUGCAUUUUUUCAGUUAAAUUAUUGUUGAAUACAGAUUACAGAUGACCUUGUUCAUCGUUCGUUAUGUUCUCCGUUAAUGUUGCCACUUUAACCAAAAGACCUAAAAUUAAACGUUCACUUCUAAAUAUACAUUCCGGCCAUACUCUAAGGUAAUUGAUUGCUAAAAAAACGUAUUUUUUUUAAUAAAUAUUUUCAAGCUUAACAAAAACAACAGAUCUUUUGUGAACAUUAUUUAGGUAUAAAAGUUAUAUAAUAUUCUAUAUUCUGAGGCUAAAAUAAACACAGACACACACAGAUAAAAAUAUUUAAACUUGUCGAAAAUGUAUUAGAACUACUACUACUACUCUCUAUUUGAUAUGACAGCGCUUUGUAAAGUUGGAAAACAUGAAAAAGUGAACUAGACACCAAGACUACCAGCAACAACAACAACCAGACUCUGCAGCUAAACGUUAAUGUCAAACCAAAAGGCAGGCAAACUCCUCUCACAGGUAACUUUCUCUACAACAAACUGUAACAACCUGAAGAAAAUUUUCUCUCUUAAAUUAAUAAUAAUAUAAAAAAAAAAAAAAUAGUGGAACAACGAAUUAUGUAAAAUCUACACA